CCGUUCGUUCAUUCAGUUUUGUACCGUGAGUGUGUCGAGUAAGUCGCAUCUUCUCUCCAGCAGACUCUCCAGCCGUCGCGUAGCAGGUUCCAACAGCCGCCACUCACUCACUCAACACACUCCAUCGCAGCAACCCGGAACAGCACCGCCGCCAGCAAAACUUUGUCAAAAUGGUUCUCGGAGAGGAAAACCCCGUCUACUCGCCCUUCUUCGGCGUCAUGGGAGCGGCCGCUGCCAUCAUCUUCAGCGCCCUCGGAGCUGCCUAUGGAACGGCCAAGUCCGGUACCGGUAUUGCCGCCAUGUCGGUGAUGAGACCCGAGCUGAUCAUGAAGUCCAUCAUCCCCGUCGUCAUGGCGGGUAUCAUUGCCAUCUACGGUCUGGUCGUCGCUGUCCUGAUUGCCGGUGCGCUGGAGGAGCCGGAGAAGUACACACUGUACAAGGGCUUCAUCCAUCUAGGCGCUGGUCUUGCUGUCGGCUUCUCGGGUCUGGCCGCCGGUUUCGCCAUCGGCAUCGUCGGUGACGCCGGUGUCCGUGGUACCGCCCAGCAGCCCAGACUGUUUGUCGGUAUGAUUCUGAUCCUCAUUUUCGCCGAAGUCUUGGGUCUGUACGGUCUGAUCGUCGCCAUCUACCUGUACACGAAAUAAGCUGGAACUGUGUUGUGCGGUUCGAGUCGUCAUCCAUCACCACCACCACCACAAACAACUCCAACUCAUCAAACUCCAUCAAGUAAAAACAACAAAACUGCGCGCUGUGGCCGAGCACAGCAAGAUCCGAGUUCGGCCUGUAACAUCCUUCGCGGCAGCAGUGACAAUAUUUACCAAAAAAACACACACAAACACAAACUUUAUUACUACAAAUUUUUCGUUUAGAAAAGGGCAAGAACUAAAGUCGCCAAUAAUGUGCUUACGCAAUGUUGUGGUAUCCGCGUCGUUUACCAGCUUCUUAACAUCCAGAAAUUGAUGGAGAUGCCACCGCCACCUGCUUCCGGAACCUAGAACAAAAAAAACAAUUGAGAGACUAUGUAUUUAUGUAAAAUAUUGUAUUUAAUUGUAACCCACAAACAAAACAAACACACUUAAUUUAUGUAAUUGUUUUGUCUCCCUCUGCGCGCCGCCCCCUUGAAAGACGAAAGCCGGCCGGAAGUCGGCGGACGGCGGCCCGGGUCCGGUUCCGAACAAAUCGAAAUUGAGUGCUAAAUAAUUGCUAUUUGUACAAAACGAAAAAAAAACGAUAGAACAAGGAAACAACCCCCGCUCCGUUGCUGCUUAUCGCCCAUAUUGGACGAAGUGAGGGAGUGUGGCGGAACGCGGAACCUGUGCCAGAACCGCAACUUCCGGUUUGGUUUUGCGCGCGCGUAUCUCGGUCAAUUUCGGUUUAGAUUGUUUUCUUCUGCAAUAAUUAUGGUUUUCUUCACACGAACAACAUCAGCAAAACACAGAGAGAACGUUUUGAGAUAAAAAAAAAAGUUACUCGAACGAAAAGCAAGUCACAAAAGGUUGAGUCUGUGAUAAAAGCUUCCAUCACAAACAAAGAAAAAUCACAGGUUUAGCGAGACGGAAACGGUUCCCGGCAAACUCAACCGAAACUCCACCACUCUUACAGAACAUCGGCGGGAACGCGUUUCGCGAGUGCUCAAAACUUGCUGAAACAAAGGUCCAGAGAGAGUAUUAGACAGUUUUGUUUUCGGUCCCGGAAGGAGGUGCAUUAUUGGAAGAAACGAAAAAAACAAAGAGUUAGAACAUUUCAUUAUUUCGCGUUCGUUACAUAUAUGAAAUCGUUCAUAAUAUCAUCGGGAAAGGCAGAGUAUAUUAAAGAAAUCACACAAAAUCCAACUUGUUCUAUACCUUCAAUGUAAAUGUUCGUAAAUACCUUUAUUUCUUACGUGUAGAUUGAGUUAGGAACAAAAGAAACAGCUGCAUAUUAUAAAACAAAUGUGAUUGUUUAAAACAACUACUAAAAGAGAGUGUACUAUAAACUGACUAGUUAAAAAAAUGGACCCGAAAGACCAUCAAAUUUAAAAGAGAGAGAAAAAGAGCGACCAUCAACUCUGAAA